UUAAAGGAGUCAAAGCGUGCGGUGAACAGCAUCCGGCGCCUGGUGGAGGAAGACGACGAUGAAGACGAGGUGGAGAAGGUCAGCUGGAGCGGCGAGCCAAUCGGCAGUAUUUCCUGGUCUGUCAGCGAGACGGCAGCGUCCAAUCAGAGGACAGACAGAGAGCCCGCCUUCCCCAAAAUCACCACGGAUACCACGAGCAUCAGCAGGAGCCACUCUGGGUACUCUCUGAGCGCGCUGUUCAAAGGAAAAACUAGAGGAAACUUCCAGUCGUUCACUGACACGCUCAGCGACUCGUCUGUCAGGCUCUACGCUCCAGAACUCCGAAAACCCAAAUCUGAAUACAAGGAUUACGUCAGUGAUUGGUCGCCUGAGGAGACGGUCCAGAGAAUGCAGCAAGGAAAGGUGGUUUCUCUGGAGAAGUUCCGCUCUCUUCAGGACAAGCUGCUGCUGCUGGAUUACUCCGUCAGCGCUCACGAUGGGAACGUCAUCACCGCGGUUUUAAUUUAUCUGAAGAGGACUCUGAGUAAAGAGGUUUUGUUUCGGGAGCUGACCGACAGACAGACGGCUCUGAGACAUUUCAUCCACUACCUGACAGAAAGCAAAGACCAGAGGCUGCUGCUGGAGCUGCUCAGAGCCUUGGGCAGGACGGAGGACGUGGCGCUUCUGCAGUAUAAAGAACACCUGGCGAUCGCAGAUGAGAACAAGAGGCGGGACUUCCUGAAGAGCUGCCUCAGUCUGCCGUUUUCUCCAGAAGAUUCUUCUCACGUCCAGGAUCACUACACGCUGCUGGAGAGGCAGAUCAUCAUCGAG